AAAAUAAUUAGUAAAAAAUUUUACAUUACGAAAUUAUGUCGAAAAUGUUUUUUUGCUCUAUGGCGUAUUCCUGGAAAUAGAGCACGCCGAAACAAGGACAGCACUAAUGGCAGAAACUAUUUACUGGAAAGAUAAAGUAGAUGCCCUAGUAAAUCCACACUGCAAUCCAAGAAUGAGACACGAUUUAGUAUAUAAAGCUAUGCCAUGAUCAUAAGAAGGAAUUGAUACACUUGGACGAAAACUGCGUGGCGAGUAGUAAUACAUCCCGGAUAAGUUUUUUCUUCAUUCAUAGACUGACAAAAAAAAAGAUUCUUAUUUCAGUUUAUGGUUGGAAGAACAAUCUGCAACGUGACGUAGUUACCUUCGGCGAAUCACGGCUGAGCUUGUAACACGGCAGCUGCGUUCUCAUUGGCUGUUACGCGCGGGAGGAGCUUCUCUCGCGGACCGCAGCCGGUCGGCACAGAGAACCAGCAAGGCUCGAACAAAGGGUAAUUGAAGCCUGACGAACAACACGUGACUUAUCUCGCACGGAAGAUAAAUGCUCCUGUGGCAACAUCACAACAGGCGGCUCUCGGUUGGCCUUGCUACAGUCGUCGGUAUUUGUGGGAGCAUAUUCCCUCUCUACUGCGCGUGCACGGAUGCUCUUGCCUUACGUCGCCCAGGUGUGAAUGGCCCGCUGUGCUGUGCGCAGGUGGCCGGAGCUGAGGAUGGACACGGGAUCUGCCUGCGCGUGGCUCGCUGCAGCUGUGCUCCUCCGAGGAGCAGCCUGCUUCUUGACAGUGGCCGAGGACUCGCUGUGCUCCCGCGGCUCCCGCGCGCCGGCGCUGCUGCGGCUGGAGGCGGCGGGGGGCGGCGCCGCGGCGCUGGUGGAGCUGCGCCCCCGCGCGCGCACCGCCGCCUGCCCCCUGGUGGUGCUGGCGCCGCCGGGCCGCCUGCUGGCCGUGAGGCUGGUGCCCCAUAGCGGGGCGUCGCCCCGGCUCGGCCAGGCGCGCGGCGAGUGCAGCCUGCGAGUGAUGACGUCCCACAGCCGCCACCCUGCCUGGGAGCUGGACCUCUGCAACCAGAGCUCGUUGUCCAGGGUGAUGCUGAUGUCUGUGCACAACUACCAGCAUGCAGCCAUUCUCAACUGGACCGUGUCUGAGCAGGCCGCCUCGCGACUGCAGGCCAGCGGCAUCCUGCUCACCGUCGUCACUAAAGGUCCCAACAGCUGCUCCAGAUCGGGCCUGGUGCCCUGCCUCAGCCAGGGAGCCUUCACGCUGCUCUGCGUGCCCUCAGCGCUGGCAUGCGACGGUCACGUGGACUGCCCCGUCGGCGGCUUCGACGAGGAUGAGAGCGUGUGCGGCCUGACGCGCGCCCCCAGCCUCAUCCACGACCUGGAGGAGCAGGACGGCCAUGACGGCCACCUCGUCGACUCGGUGGACUCGCUGGCAAAGGCGCUGGCACACUACGGGCCCUGGGGCUACCUGAUGCUCGGCACACUGAUGUGCGGCACGCUGCUCAUGAUGUGUGGUCUCUGGGAGUGUUGCUGCCGAGGCAAGACCUCCAGGAGACGGCCGCCCCUCGCGCGACCCGAGCAGCCCUCUGUCUACGUCAUCGGCGGCGAGGCGGAGACGGCGGCCCCGGGGGUGGCCUCGGCGCCGCCCAAGUACGACGAGCUGGACCAGCCGCCCGACUACCGCGCCCUCUUCCCCGCCGACAAGGAGGCGCCCAAGACACCCGGUGCCAUCUGCUGAAGUGGUGCUGAGUCAUCGUACCUCCCAUCCCGGGACGAGAGACACCACGUGUACUGUGAUGACUGCAAUAAAGGAUGUUUGUAAACUGUGCAGCACUCGCUAGGAGUUAUUUUAGUGAGUGUAAUGAGUGGCCCAAAUUGUGGACCACUUUGAGAAUAACGAGAGGACAUUCGUGAAUGAAGUAAACUUUUGGCUAGAUUUAAAGUCCCCUUUUUGAUCGAUGGCUGCUGCCAGGGUGAUUAUUAUUUUGAUACAAUGAUGACUUUAUUUGGGAGUUUUAAGUACUCGAACUCGUUAGUUAGCUCCACGUAGAUAUUUUUUAAUAGUCUGAAGUCUAGCCUGUCAGGUGCUUUGAUUGGGGAAAUAUUUAUGGUGUAGAAGAACUGCCUUUGGAAUAAAUAUAAAUAUUUCAUCGCAAGACAGUUAAAGAGUGUCAAUAAAGAUAGUAUGGGAGAGAAAGAUGUAACCUCAACUUAUCUAAUGGCGUCUUUGUAAAUGACAUGAAAUCAUUAAUCACGUGGCCAACAAACAAUGUACUCGACCAACAGCCCGUUUAUCAGGCGUCCUUCUCUGGCGAUUGCGAAUGGCCCAAAACACAACGCUCCAUCUGAUGAUGGUGUUGCCACACAAUGACACCUCCCAUUGGGAACAUAACCGGUCCCGUACGGAUGUGCCGCUAUUGCCUAUAAUGAAAUUUGGUAGUGUGAUUACUUCGCUAUAAACGGUUUUUGAAAAUAGUUCAGCACUACCUAAGAGUUAGUUGUGUGUCUUGAAUUUUCCCUGCGAGAAGGCUGUUAAAGAGUAUGAAUGGUAUAAAAUGCAUGGAUCAAGUAAUGUAAUCUAAGUAAUCUAAGACAUUGGCUUCUGUCUAAGUGGAAUGUAAAUUUGAUGUUCGACUUGCCUGUGCUUGAUAAUUUGGUCGUUUUUGUGUUGUAGUAUUAUUUCUUUUUGGCUCAAGAGCCAACUAGUAUAGUGUUAAGAAACUCCUGGCACCUAUCAGGAAUUUAUAUCACCUUCAAGUCAUUCUAGUGGUAAAAAUUGUUUUAUUUUUUAAUUUUUUUUUCAUUCUGGUUUAUAUAAGUUUUUAUCUCAAAUAAUUUUUAUGUGGGAAUCUGUUGAAGUGAUACAAUGUCUCCUCUAGUAUUUGUUUGGUGAUUUAUCGUUUGCUGUCAGAAAGUUAUCUGUAUUCCGGGAAGUAAAUAAGUACUCCAUUUUAUGUACAGAGUGCAACCUUAAAUCCAGGGUCACACCUACUGAGAAGUAAGAAAUACCAGCCAACAGCAAUGUCCACCACAUCUUCCAUUCAAGGAAUAUAGCCCAGUUUGCCGUGGGGGGUCAUCUCCAGCCUACUACUCCAGUUACUGGCCUGUGUAACUGGACUAUGGCAUUAUAGGCUCACUGAUUGCACUGGCACUGUUGUUUCGGACCACAGAAAUGAUUAAAGCUGUUCACCCAUCACCAUGAAAUACAAACACUCGGUACCUACAUUCAUUUCCAUGAACAGCCUAACUCUCAUCUUACUGUUAUGUAUAUCAGUUUGUAGUUUUAUAAUAUUUUCGUAAUAUUACCAAAGUGUUUUUUUUUAUUAGAGUUGUUUUGUUUUAAAGUAGAUUGCUGGAUUUGGGGGUGAAUGACUGAUAAACUGUCUUGACUUUGGAGGUCGAGCUGCGUCGGUGCACACUAUCGCCGCGCCGCGCUCAACCUUGAAGUCCAAGAUAGUUCAGUUAGCAAAGUUAUUUAGAGCUGUGCCUGUACUAUACUGAUCAUUAACAUCUUUAAUGUGCCACUGCAUGUGACAGAAACAUUCUCUUGUGUUUGAAUCAUAAGACUGUUGUUAAAUCUUGAAAUUUCCUUCCGAAAACUAGUCAUUAAGUUUAAUAAUACCUAAAAUAAGGUUUUUAUGCACUUAAUAGUUGCAGGAUGUAGUUUUAGUUCAUGUUGUUUGUUUCAUUAGACUAUAGUUUUGGAGCUUUUGCAAAGCUGCGUUCUCCUGUUAAGAGAAUGCUUGGUGUGAAAUGUGAUUAAACGGAGUGUUUAAAAACGUAUGGUUGAAAUCACAAAAUUCCCAUCAUAUGAAACAACUGUAAAGUGAUGUAAAAUGUUAUCUAUAUUACCUUUACAUGAUUUAUUAUAAGUGUUUUAUAACUUAAGCCAAUUUUAUCGAUGAGAGUGCUACAUAUUAGAUUAGUGUUUUUUUUUUCAAGUUGAAAGUUUGCCUGAUUUGAGACAAAGCCAAAUUCUUUCUGUAAUCUCUCAGGACUUGUGAUAUACAGUAUGUUCAUAAAAGAGUGUCGCAGUUUCAAUGGUAUAUAUAGCAGUUUAAUUUAGACCAUUUAAAACAAAUCAUACAUUAAAUUGAAGGUAAAAAAAACUAUUUUUUAUUACAAAUGUUCAACAUGUGCACCUUUAGUUGUACGGCACACAUACAACCUAAAGUCCAAUUCUUCCCACACUUUGAUUAACAAGCCUCGUGAAUCCUGUGUCUCAACUCAGGCAAAUCAUUAGGUAGCGGUGGAGCGUCGAAAUGAUCUUUUAUAAAGUUCCAAAGGAAUAAAAUCACAUGGCGUUGUGUCAGGUGAGUGUGGAGGCCAGCGAAAAAGAACUUUGUCGUCUCGACUAUUACGACCAAUUCAACGGUCAGGGACUUAAGUUCAACCACUCUCCUACAAAGAGAUUCCAAUGGGGAGGGUUGAAAUUACAGAUUUCACUCUAAGCAAAUUGUAGAACACAGAACGCUUUACGCUCAGAAGUCUCUAUUUUGCAUAGGUGGCGCAUGCGCUUAUCUAAAACGGUUUUAGUUACUCUUUGAUUGUGACCGUCCACCAAAACUCUACAAUGCUCUCAGUUGAUUCUAUUAGAAUGUAUAACUGGGACAUUUUUUUGUGGACAUACUGUAUUGGUAUACUCUCAAGAGAUCCGGCAAGAGUGGAGGUGCAGGCGCUACUGGCAUGGCGACUCCCGGCGGUACUGGCCAGUGAUUGGCUGAGAGGCAAGAUAGAACAACUGUGUUACUUUGAUUUUGUUCCGGUGAUUUCUGCAGGUAUCUGUCACUGUUGUUGAAACUGAAUCAAAGAACAUUAUGAAUAGCAGUUAUAAGAGUGAAAAUGGGAAAAGUUUAAACUUCACUAAUUUCAGUAUUUUACUAUGAUUAUAAUUUAACGAAUAUGUAAACAAAAAUUGUCAUGAUUUUUUUUAAUAAAACAGUUGUUGACAGUUA